AUGUUAGGAUUCGAUGGGAAGUGGGUGGAGCUUAUCAGUAUAGUCGAGUUGCCAGUAUUUGCUGCCGAGAGAGAAUUGAUGGAAAGCUUUGUGGUCGUUGAGAUUCACCCAUCUUAUAAUCUCUUGAUGGGAAGAGGGUGGAUUCACAGAGUCCAAAGUGUCCCAUCAACUUUGCACCAGGUAAUGAGAUGCUUAAGUCCAGAUGAGAGUAAAUUGAUUGAUAUCCAUAGGGACCAAGCAGCAGCCAAGAAGUGCUACUUUGUAACUCUGAAAGCCGGCAGGAAGGGAAAAGCGCCUGUCCGAUCUGAUAGCCCAGGAUACCAAUUACAGGGGCCUUCACCUAAAGAAGUUAGGAAGGAAGAAAAACCUUUUGUCCUUACUGAAGAACCCCUAAUGGAUAUGCAGAUUAAUCCUCUGAGACCAGACAGAACCACAAGAAGCCAUUCAGACAUACCAGGAAUUGAUCCCUCUGUGUCUUGUCAUUCCCUCAAUGUAGAUCUGAACGUUAAGCCUAUUAGACCGAAGCAAAGGAGGGUCGCCCUAGAGCGCAAUCAAAUCAUAACUGAUGAAAUUGAUAGAUUGCUGGAGGCAGGGUUCAUCAGAGAAGUUCAGUACCCAUCUUGGCUCUCAAACGUGGUUGUAGUGAAGAAGAAGAAUGGGAAAUGGAGAGUUUGUAUUGAUUUCACUAACCUGAACAAAGCUUGUCCAAAUGAUAGUUUUUCGUUACCAAAGAUUGAUCAAAUGGUGGAUGCCACUACUGGGUAUGAACGGCUAACUUUUCUGGAUGUUUAUUAA